AUCGAUAGUUUUCGGCCACGAAUUGUCUUUCUCAUAAUCUAAAAGGAAAACCACGAGAGGACUUGUGAAGGCACCCAUCUGAGCAUAUAUAUUAAGGAAAGUGUAAGUCAGGGGAGGAUGGACCACCACACAUAUGCAAAGAGUGGCUCCAAGAAAUGGUCUGCGGCAGAGAAGCGUGAGUUGGUCGUGCAACGGAUUGCAUCCGAUGAAAUCUUCUCGAAAUAUUCACCCAAGCACGGUGAACCAUGGAAGCGAUUCAAGGAAAUUGCAAAAAUAGGAGAUUUCAGUGAGCAUGCCCUUAGAAAACAGUGGCUGGCCAUGGUUCAACGCUAUCGCAUACAGAAGGCAAGUGUCCCAAGUGGACCACUCAACAGGGAGAUCAUCGAAGAGCAAAACAAAGAAUGGGAAUUCUUUGGCCUUAUCCAUAGCUAUAUGAACCAAAAAACAGCCGAUUUGCAUUCGUAUGCCCUGAAGGAGCCGAAUGUGCAUGAGCCGUCGAGUAAUCAACAUAAAUUGGCCAUUGCGAGUGUCUAUUCGUGCGAUGAAAGUCAACUGUCGCCAUUAAUGCUGGGUGUGCUCAAUGAUCACAGCUUUGGAGAGCCGCCAACAGCCGCCACACCGCCAUUGAAAGCAUCCGAAUUGGAAUUGGAGGCGACAGCCGUCGAAGAAGUUAACAAACACGAGGCUGUCGAAUAUAAUGAGAUAGAGGCUUCAUCGUGUAUGGGUAAUGAGGAAUUGGAUCGCUUGCUGGCUGAAGCCACUAUGCCAGAGAAUGAUACUGAGACAAUGGCCUGUGAUCCCAUUAUACCCAAACUGGAGGAGGAUGAUGUAGAAUGCGGCCCUGUUAUGAUUGGUGGCGAGAUUUCUCUAUCGAAUAGUUGCUACAAUAAUUUCUAUCCUUCUCCCAAUGGUGAAAUUACACCCGGAUCUGGCACUGGUGCCAAUGGACGUCAUCGCCAUCGCUCUCCGUCGAUGCGACGACCAAUGCGUAGAAUGUUAAGUGAAAAGGAGAAGUAUUACAAACACCGUCGUCGUUAUGAGCAACGUAUGGAAAAGCGUCUGAUGGGACUAUGUACAGUCGUUGGCGAACUCCUACAACAAGUGGCACCUAACUUAGAUGUCCAGGCACUGUUGGCCCUUGGUAAAGAUUCUACACUAAAUUCCGCCAGCAGCAGCGAUGAGAAUGAUGAGGAUACAAAACCCCUAAUGAUCUGAUCCCAAAUAGCUUAGCCUAGAUAUUCAUUUCAUUGUACACAUUUGAUCUGUAAUUAUGUUAGAUGAAUUGAAUAUUUUUUCUAUCAACCUCAUUAACGUA